CUGGGCUCUGGUUGCCACAUGCGAUGUAAAAUCCCGCCUGCGAUUCCUUAAACCUCGAGAACUCUCCACCUUUUUUUUCUUUUCUACGCAGUCACCCGUUGGCAAACCUGCACUUUCCUUCCCUCGUUGUUGUCGCGAGGUCAUCUAGUUGACAACUCUCCACUCCCAUUAAGUCUUUGUUUGCGCUCUUGCCGAGCUGAAACGUCACCACCAUGUUGGCUUCUCGUCAGCUCCUGGGCCUCGCCCGGAGCCGCGCUGUCGGCAGCGCGAGCCUUGGUCUCCGGCGCAUGGCGACGGUGAGCGACUCUCCGUUGGACAAGAAGGUCCGGCAAAACAACUGGGAGGAGAACAACUUCAUCAACUACAAGAAGAUGUCAGAGAACCUCGCUAUUGUGAGGUCAAGGCUUAAACGCCCCCUGGCCUAUGCCGAGAAGAUUCUCUAUUCCCACUUGGACGACCCGCACGGCCAGGACAUCGAGCGUGGCGUCUCUUACCUGAAGCUGCGGCCGGACCGCGUCGCCUGCCAGGAUGCCACCGCCCAGAUGGCCAUUCUUCAGUUCAUGUCGGCCGGCAUGCCCUCGGUGGCGAACCCUACCACCGUCCACUGCGACCACCUGAUUGAGGCCCAGGUCGGCGGUGCCAAGGAUCUUGAGCGCGCUGUGGGCAUCAACAAGGAGGUGUACGAUUUCCUUUCGAGCGCCUGCGCCAAGUACAACAUUGGUUUCUGGAAGCCCGGCUCUGGUAUCAUUCACCAGAUCUUGCUUGAGAACUACGCUUUCCCUGGUGGUCUCCUUAUCGGCACUGAUUCCCACACUCCUAACGCCGGUGGUUUGGGUAUGGCUGCCAUUGGUGUGGGCGGAGCUGAUGCCGUUGAUGUCAUGGCCAACCUCCCUUGGGAGCUCAAGGCCCCCAAGGUUAUCGGUGUCAAGCUGACCGGGAAAAUGUCUGGCUGGACUGCCCCCAAGGACAUUAUUCUUAAGGUCGCCGGAAUUCUCACAGUCAAGGGCGGUACCGGCGCCAUUGUCGAGUACCAUGGCCCUGGUGUUGAGACCCUCUCUGCUACCGGCAUGGCCACGAUCUGCAACAUGGGUGCUGAGAUCGGUGCGACCACCUCGCUCUUCCCCUUCAACGACCGCAUGUACGAUUACCUGGUCGCCACUAAGCGCAAGGAGAUCGGUGACUUUGCCCGCUCUUAUGCCAAGGAGCUGCGCGAGGACGAGGGUGUCGAGUAUGACCAGCUGAUCGAGAUUAACUUGUCUGAACUCGAGCCCCACAUUAACGGCCCGUUCACUCCUGAUCUUGCGACUCCCAUCUCGAAGUUCUCCGAGGCUGUCAAGGCCAACGGCUGGCCUGACGAGCUCAAGGUCGGUCUGAUCGGAUCUUGCACCAACUCGUCGUACGAGGACAUGACGCGCGCCGCUGCCAUCGCCCGGGACGCUCUCAACCACGGCCUCAAAACCAAGUCGCAGUUCUUCGUGACUCCGGGAUCUGAACAGAUUAGGGCGACCAUUGCUCGCGAUGGCCAGCUUAAGACCUUCGAGGAGUUUGGUGGUGUUGUCCUCGCCAACGCUUGCGGCCCUUGCAUCGGCCAGUGGGACCGCCAGGACGUCAAGAAGGGCGAGGCCAACUCGAUCGUCUCGUCUUACAACCGCAACUUCACCGGCCGGAAUGAUGGCAACCCUGCGACCCACUCCUUCGUUACCUCUCCCGACCUGGUUGUUGCCAUGAGCAUUGCUGGUUCGCUGCACUUUAACCCACUGACCGACAAGCUCAAGGAUAAGGAUGGCAAUGAGUUCCUGCUCACCCCACCCUCGGGCGACGGUCUGCCGGCCAACGGCUACGACCCCGGCCAGGACACCUACCAGGCUCCUCCUAAGGAUCGCGACGCUGUGACUGUCCAGGUCUCCCCCACCUCUGACCGUCUCCAGGUUCUGUCUCCCUUCAGUGCCUGGGAUGGCAAGGACGCGACUGAUCUGCCCAUCCUGAUCAAGGCCCAGGGCAAGACCACCACCGACCACAUCUCGAUGGCUGGUCCCUGGUUGAAGUACCGCGGUCAUCUUGACAACAUCAGCAACAACAUGCUCAUUGGCGCGAUCAACUCCGCCAAUGGUGAAGCUAACAAGGUCAAGAACCAGACAACUGGCGAGUGGGAUGCCGUCCCGGCUGUUGCCCGCGAUUACAAGGCGAAGGGCAUCAAGUGGGUCGUCAUCGGCGAUUGGAACUACGGUGAGGGCUCUUCUCGUGAGCAUGCUGCUCUGGAGCCCCGCCACCUUGGCGGUCUUGCCAUCAUCACCCGGUCGUUUGCCCGUAUCCAUGAGACCAACCUGAAGAAGCAGGGUAUGCUUCCCCUGACCUUCUCGGAUCCUGCGGACUACGACAGGGUCCAGCCCGAUGACAGGGUCGACAUUCUCUGCACCGAGCUUGCCCCCGGCAAGCCCAUCACCAUGCGGGUGCACCCCAAGAACGGCGAGACUUUCGAGAUCAAGCUGUCGCACACCUUCAACGAGGGCCAAAUUGAGUGGUUCAAGAAUGGCAGCGCCCUCAACACCAUGGCCAAGAGCGCUAAGAACUAGAUGAAAAAUUAACAGCAUACUGUGAUGCUUGGAGACCGAGGGGUAGGGUGCGGAACAGCAUACAGUGGUUUGUGGAUUGGCGGUUUGGGGGGUUUACCGGAAUUGGCGUAUUCCGUAGCAGUGUUUCACUUUUGUAUGUAUACUCAUGGCCCUUGCAUUUGAAUGAAG